ACUUAAUUAAAGGUGGGUUGGUACUGGGUGAAAAGUGACGAUGAGAACACGAAAAGACGUGGUUAACACUUAAGAGAUUUUCAUCAGCCUUGGGAAAACUUUCCUCCACGAUUACUCUACCUUUGAACACUGACCAUGGUGUUAAAACCGUCUCGGCUGCUAUUGAACCAGUCACAGAGGCGGGUUUACCCCGCUGCGUUAAUUCAGGACAGGGCUAGGAGGUAUGCCGCAGUGGUAUCGAGCAUUUCUCCGGUCAAAUUGAGUCUGACAGCUGUCAGCACCUCAGCAGCUUCGCACUGUGCGGUCACCGCUGCAUCUUCGCCUAACUUUGAGCGGCAGCCAUUAAGAUGGAGAGGAGCUCUUGGACUCAAGGUUACGGGUCUUUCUGCCGUAAGAAACAUGUCCGUACGAGAACUUAAAACCUCCUCCAGGGCUUUCCAAUAUGAUCUGAAACCCGACAUACCAAAAACCGAAGGCCGUAAGCUGUUUUUUGACACUCAUGCAGUUGUGCAACUUCUUGAGGAAAAUGGAUUCAGUACUCGGCAAGCUGAAGAGUUAGUUAAAGUGCUGAUCGGGACCACAAACUCUAACAUGGAUGUUGUUUAUAGUGACAUGGUGACCAAAGUGCAACAGGAAAUCAUGUUGCAGCAAGUAAUGUCCAAAAUAGCUGCUGUAAAGAAGGACAUGAUUAUCCUUGAGAAGAGCGAGUUCUCCACUCUUCUAGCAGAGAACGAGAAACUCAAGAACCUGUUAUUACAGAUAAAGAUCCAACUGGUUGAUGUCAUGAGCAAUGUACGCUCUAAUAAUAUGUUGGACCUGAAUUUGGAGAAAAGCCGUGCAAAAGAACUGAAAGCACAACAUGAGAAGAAGCUUCUGGAAACAAGAACUGAUAUUCUGGAAAUGACAGUGGAGCAGGAUCGUCAUCUAACCCACACAAACAUGAAAUUAGACACUGAAGUGGCUGGUUUGAAAACCAUGUUGGAGUCUCAUAAACUGGAUACUAUCAAAUAUCUCGCAGGUUCAGUGUUCACCUGUCUCACUGUGGUCUUGGGGUUUUACCGUAUUUGGAUGUAAACUAGUAUAAAUGACAACUUCUGGAAUGACUGUGUUGGUUCUGACAGUGAAGCCCUGGAUCUUGCACCAGCUGAAGAACGGCUAUUAGAUAUUGGAUCUCAUUUUGGUGCAUUUCAUUCCCAGUUUGGCACAGAAAAGGUCUGUCACUGUGUUCUAUGUCAGAAUAAUCCAAAUAGGAACAACUCUCAUCAUAGCAUCUCAAAAGGACUGACUAGUUAUUAUUUGUUCCCCUUUUUAGUUUUACUUAGUGACAUAUUUGCUUUGCUUUCCUUUUAUCUGUACAAACCAGCUGUGUGUUUAGUUAUAACAGUUGUAAUUUUCUCUCAGGUGAGGGUGAUGGCUAUUUCAUGCUAGUGUUUAUUCAUGAUUAAAGAGUUUUUUCCUCUGACCGGUCACAGAGUGGACUUGGCCUGCUGAUGGGGUCCAAUUUUGGGGAUCUAAAUGAACCUUUGGAGCUUAUUCGGCUGUUAUGUUGCCAUUUUAAUCAUACCACAGAAAAACACAGCCUAAACUGCACACUCAAGGCACCAUUAAGAAAUCUAAAAAUAAAGUGAUGCAAAGGUAAGUGCAGCAAAAGGCAAAAUAUUAAAAUGUAUUUAGAAUUCUUAUUGUAACUACAAUACUCUUUCAAUGAAUUAGUGUUAUAAGUUUUUAAUAAGAUCAUCUUUGAUGUUUUAUUUAAAUAGAUCUCACUUGGUCUGCAGUACAACUGUUUUUAAUGAAGAAAUAUGUUGUAUUAGCAAGUACCUCUUGCAAUUACUCUGCUGCUAACAAGGUGACUUUUUGAAUGUAUUUUCUUUUACAGCAAAGUCAAUUCAAUUUACAAUCAAGUCAAUAUCUUAUUUUAUCUCUUAUAUUUUUGUAUUCUGUAAAUAUGUUUCUGCAUAUUAAGCAAUACAUAUUAUACUACUUUAAAAUGUUGUGAGGAAUGAUUUGCAUAUAUAUAGUGUUUUGAUUUGUACUUUCAGAAUUGAUUCUGAGACAUUUAUUGAAAUGAAAUAAAAGUUUCAAUUGGCCAAUUUGUGGUUUGUGUAAACAAACCACAAGUGCUUUUCAGCA